AUGGAGAUCCUAGAGAAUCGUUUCUAUAAACUUAAUUAUCGUCUUUUAUCUUUCCUUGGUUUGUGGCCGUACAAAAAAUCACGUAUGCAUCGUGUUUGUCUUAUAAAUAUUCCAAUAUUAUCAUUCAACAUAACACAGCUUCUUAAACUGUACACUUCUAAUGGAAACUUUGAUAUCAUGAAAGAAGUUAUACCUAUUUGGGCUACAUCGUUUAAUGUCGUCAUUAAGUAUUAUCUUUUUGAUCUCUGUGUACUCGACAUUAAAUUGCUUAUGGAUAAUAUGAUAAUGGAUUGGAAUAUGUGGAAGUCCAAGGAAGAGAUUGACAUUAUGAAGAAGUUUGCUCAUUCAGGAAGAAUGUAUACUUUAGGAUACACAAUAUUUCUAUUGGUAACAUUUGUACCACCCUUAAUGGACAUAAUUAUACCAUUAAACGAGAGUCGUCAUAUGGAAUUACCUGUACUAGCUGAAUAUUUCAUUGACGAACAGAAACAUUUUUAUUUGAUUUAUUUUCACAUGGUUGUUUCCAUAAUGAUUAUUAUAACAAUUUUAAUUGCAAUUGAUACUCAACUUAUGGUUUUUUGUUGUCACGUCAGUGGUGCAUUUGCGGUCGUCAGUUUUCGUUUGGAACACUUCUUAAAGAACGAUGCAACAUUGGAUGGAUUAUCUGAUCUUCAAAGAAAAGAAAGUUACAAACAUGUUUCUUUAUCUAUCAAAGGACACAAAAGAGCUUUAGAGUUCGUCAAACGCAUGGAACUUUUGUUUUCGUAUUCAUUACUGGUACAAUGCGGCUUGAACAUUCUUUGUAUGAGCAUCUGUCUAUAUCAAAUAAAACUGUUGUACGGUAAAUCAAUAAAAGCAGUUAAAUAUAUUGCAUUAGUAAUUGGCGAGUUAUUUCAUUUAUUUGUUGCCAGUUUAUCCGGACAAACUAUAAUAGACUACAGCAGUGAAGUUUAUUACAAAGCUUAUAGUGGCCUCUGGUAUGAGGCUCCUAUAGAAAUACGUAAACUACUGAUAUUGAUAAUGAGAAGGAGCUUUAAACCUUCUCAGUUAUCAGCUGGAAAAAUAUUUAUCUACUGUCUGGAUGGUUUUUCAACGAUCGUGCAAACUUCUACCUCAUACUUCAUGGUACUUUUAUCAAUCCAAUAA